AUGCGGCUCGUGGCCGCCAGAGGGAGCCCGUGCGCCGCGCUGCGCUUGGGCCUGACCCGUUCCUGUCCCCCCCCAGCCGCCAUCCUGGACGAGCGGGGCGGCUGCGGGCGGGGGGAGCGCCUGGCGCUGGCGCUGGCCCGGGAGCGCCUCAAUGGCCCGGGCGGGGGGCGGCCCCCGGCGCGCCUGGAGCUGGAGGUGUUCGAGCUGGCCCGGGACAGCCAGUACGAGACCACGGACACCAAGAAGGAGGUGAGCCCCAAAAACUCCCAAAUCACCCCAAAAACACCCCAAAAUCACCCAAAAAACCCCACCGUGAGCCACAUCUGCGGAGAGAAGGAGAUCCCGCACAUCCGCGUGGGCCCCGAGGAGGCGCCGCGGCCGCCGCUGCUGCGCCUGGCGGCGCUGAGCCUCCACCCCAGCGACGAGGACGUGAGCCGGGCGCUGGGCGGGCUCCUGCGCAGCCUGCGGGCGCCGCCGGCCUCGCUGAUCUGCGCCCGCCCCGAGUGUGAGUUAUCGAUCACCUAUUGCUGUCGGCCGCGCUGCUCUUCGACGCCGUGCACGUGGUGGUGGAAUGGACAAAAACUGUCGGCCGCGCUGCUCUUCGACGCCGUGCACGUGGUGGUGGAAUGGACAAAAAGAAAGGUGUCCCCGGUGGCGCAGCUGUCGGCCGCGCUGCUCUUCGACGCCGUGCACGUGGUGGUGGGCGCCGUGCGGGAGCUGAACCGCAGCCAGGAGAUCGGCGGGCGGCCGCUGGCCUGCGCCGCGCCCGGCAUCUGGCCCCACGGCACCAGCCUGAUGAACUACCUGCGCAUGGUGGAGUACGACGGGCUGACGGGGCGCGUGGAGUUCAACAGCAAAGGGCAGAGAACCAACUACAGCCUGCGGGUGCUGGAGAAGGGCCGGGACGGGCACCGCGAGGUGGGGGUCUGGUUCUCCAACCGGACGCUGGCCAUGGACGAGGCCACGCUGGCCCUGAACGCCUCGGACAGCCUGGCCAACAAAACCCUGAUCAUCACCACCAUACUGGAGAACCCGUACGUGAUGCGGGUGGGCGGCGCGGGCGGCGCCGAGCGCUACGAGGGGUUCUGCGUGGACAGUGACCAUUCCUGUGUCCCACUGACCAUUCCCACCCCCCAGAUCCCAAAUCCCAAAUCCCAAAUCCCAAAUCCCACUGACGGAUCCCAAAUCCCGUAUCCCGAAUUCCAGGAGAACCCGUACGUGAUGCGGGUGGGCGGCGCGGGCGGCGCCGAGCGCUACGAGGGGUUCUGCGUGGACAGUGACCGAUCCCACACCCCCCUGACCAUUCCCACCCCCCAAAUCCCACUGACCAAUCCCAAAUCCCGAAUCCCGUGUCCCGAAUUCCAGGAGAACCCGUACGUGAUGCGGGUGGGCGGCGCCGAGCGCUACGAGGGGUUCUGCGUGGACAGUGACCGAUCCCACACCCCACUGACCGAUCCCACCCCCAAAUCCCACAUCCCUGACCCCAAAUCCCGAGUCCCUGAUCCCGAAUUCCAGGAGAACCCGUACGUGAUGCGGGUGGGCGGCGCGGGCGGCGCCGAGCGCUACGAGGGGUUCUGCGUGGACAUGCUGCGGGAGCUGGCGGCGCUGCUCAAGUUCCGCUUCCACAUCAAGCUGGUGGAGGACGGGCUCUACGGCGCGCCCGAGCCCAACGGCUCCUGGACCGGCAUGGUGGGCGAGCUCAUCAACCGGAAAGCCGACCUGGCGGUGGCGGCGUUCACCAUCACGGCCGAGCGGGAGAAGGUGAUCGACUUCUCCAAGCCCUUCAUGACGCUGGGAAUCAGCAUCCUGUACCGCGUGCACAUGGGCCGCAAGCCGGGGUAUUUCUCCUUCCUAGACCCCUUCUCGCCGGCCGUGUGGCUCUUCAUGCUCCUGGCCUACCUGGCCGUCAGCUGCGUGCUCUUCCUGGCCGCCAGGCUGAGCCCGUACGAGUGGUACAACCCGCACCCGUGCGCG